AUGUUACGUUCGGCCAGCACAAAGGUAACGCCCGUGCUGCUUGGCGCGGUGGCCGUGAACGUCAGCACCGGUGCAGACAAACCGAAAUCCAAGGAAGAACCAAGCAAAAUGGUUUGCAAACCUUCUGAACUACCACUUUAUCGAUCGCUAAAUCAGAAAAUUGACUGUGAAUGUCAACAUCGUAAAAUCGAAUCUACCGGACCAGCGUCCAUGCUCGAAGAAGGAUUCCGAACCAUCCGUAUACAGGUGCAGGAAGCUUCCAAGCUGGUGGAUGAUCAAAAGAAACAAAUCGUCGAUCUGUACGAAGAAGGCAAGAAGCAAACAAAGUUUGUUCACGAUUAUCUCCAUCAGGAAGACAACACCAUGCCACGUGUAGGAGCGAUCGCGAUCGGAGGUUUGGCUGGUCUAAUCUUUGGUCUGCGUGGAGGCUUCUUCAAGCGUGUCAUCUAUACUUCGAUCGGUGCUGGUGGUGUAGCGUCCAUCUGUUACCCACAGGAAGCGGACAUGUACGCACAGCAUGGACUGGUUGAGGCGAAAAAGUAUGCCACGAUAGGGUACAACUUCGUGUAUGGCGUAAAGCCAGGUGAUAAGCAACUGGAAUUGCCAACCAUCCCGUCCAAUUUGGGCGAACUUAAAGACAGCGUAUCGGGGUUGGCAAAAUCCGCUUACGAGGCAGUAUUUCCCGAGAAGAAAUGA